UUCAAUGUGUUGGUAAAUCCUCCCAGUCACAUCAAAAUAAAGCUGUGGACUCUGGGUUUCCUCAUAGCCAGCAAUGCCAGUGAUGCCAGAAGGGCGAGUAUGUACUGCUCUGUGUGUCACAGAGACAUCAAGGAUUUGCCCAGGAUGAGACCCUGCAGGUGCACUGAGCAGAAAGAUGUCUCAUCUAACACCUCCGCCAUGAGUCUAGGCUUCAGACGUCCAUCACUGGGAGUUCUGCCCUUCAGCCCAGAGGGAGAGACUCUUCGAGAGAGGGAGUGUGUGUGGGAGCAGCAGCAGCAGGAAGAGCAGCAGGAGGUGGGGCUGGACUCUACAGGACUGUUCCACUGGUGCCCACCUGUUCCCCUGAAGGACAUCUCACUGACCAGACAGAGUGCCAGUACCCUGGCACUGCAGGACCACGUGGUGGUGUGUGUCUUUGGGGACGGGGGCUCCAGCCUGCUGGGCCUGGGGGACUUCAUGAUGCCGCUGAGGGCCAGCAGCCUGACGGCCCCAGAGCUGAGGAUGGUCGUCUUCCUGGGAGACCCACACUACUUCAGCAGGGAGUGGCCCAACAUACAAUACUUCCCCCACAUCUACUUCCUGCCUGGCUCUCCUCUGUGUGGGGCAGACCUGCGUGCGUUGAGUGUGGAGCGCUGUGCUAUGGUGGUGGUCCUCAGCUCUCUGUCCUGCUCCAGCGACAUUGAGCCCUCCAUGCAGGAUAAGGAGACCAUCCACUUCUGUGUCAACCUCUACCACAUUCGCUUCAGCCCCGAGCCAGGCCCACGCUGCACACUCAGUCACACUCAAAGUCACGGCCACGGACAGGGGCUGGAGCUUGGUCAUGGGUUUGGUGGUCAUAGCCAUGGUCCGAGCCACGACACACUCGACUUUUCCCACAUCCCUACGAUACCCGAGAAGGCUGAGGUCACCCCUGCUCACAGCGCCGGCACCACUGUCCCUCUGCUGGUAGAGCUGGUGAACAGCUCUAACGUGUGCUUUGUGAACGAGGCGGACAGCCAAGAGGACUCCUCCAGCCUGACACUGAGCCAGGCCUUCUCUGUAGGCUCCGUCUUCUCUGUCGACCUACUGGACUCUCUCAUGGCAGCCACGUACUUCAACGCCAACGUGCCUGGUCUGAUCUGUACGCUGGUGACGGGUGGCGACACCCCCUUACUGGAGGCCCAGCUGGCAGAGGACAACCAGCUGCGGGGAGGGGAGAUGUCCGUGAAGAUGUGGGCGCUGCGCCAACGCUCCAAACUGGCACAGUUGGCACUGCAGGAUAAGCCUCUCUGCAGCCUCGCUUGUGAGGACUUCAAGGAGCUGUUCUGCCAGGCUCUGGACUCGUUGGAGAUCCUGUGUUUUGGGCUGUAUCGCCUGCUGGACCCACCUAACCCCUCCAUGAAGAGGUUUGUAAUCACCAACCCGUCAGCAGAGCUCCCGUUGUUGCCUUCAGACAGAGUCUUCUGCUCUGUACCCUUCCACCAGAGUCACCUGCUCACCCUGAGGAGAGCCAAGACCAUCAGUCACCGCCUAUGAACCUCCCCUACACCCCCGCCCUCUGCUUGGACACAACAAGAUGAAUGACUCCAAACGGAACACUAUUCAUUUGAUUUACGUAAAUCUCUUUAGAAAGUCUUUAUACAUCUUUGAAUGGAAAUUCUUCUUUUUGCUGACACAGUACCCGACCACAGCAAAGCACACGCGCAGGCAAACACACGACACACUGGGAGUGCCUUGCUCAAGGGCACAAUGGUGGUAGUUUAGGAGAGAGAUGAUUUACAACCUGUAUUGUGAGUGUUUCUUCUAUACUGUACUGGUUAUGAAUAUCAAUGCCGUACAGUAGGAGACAUGACAGUGUUUGACAUUGGCUAUUAUUGUUUGCAUAGGGUUAGAGACAUGUUUUUAUAAUGUAGCUUUAGGUUGACAUGUAUGGUUUAUUAUUCCUAUACCGUUAUUUUUAAUAAAAAGAAAAUAUAUAUAUAUAUUUGAUUUAACUA